AUGGCCCCCAAGGCUAUAGCAGACCCGGAUGAGAUCACCGGACAAAGCGCACUUCCCAUUGCUCGGGUUAAGAAGAUCAUCCAGUUAGACGAGGAUAUUGUACAAUGCUCGAACAAUGCAACCUUUGUUAUUGCAAUGGCUACCGAGAUGUUCAUCAAAUACCUUGCUGAGCAAGGACACAAUGUGGUCAAAUCCGAGCGAAAACCACGUAAGACGGUCCAGUACAAAGAUCUCGCUUCGGCGGUCUCACACACAGACAACCUCGAAUUCCUUGCGGAUGUGAUUCCUAAGACUACGACCUACAAACAAUUCAAGGAGAAGAAAGCCAAGGAUGCGGCCAACCAAGGUGCCAUGGAGAAGGGCCAGCGUACUCUCAACGGUGCCAGCGCACCCUCCGCACCGGCAAAUGGCACAGGCAUGGGAGAUGCCACUCCACAAAGAGAAGACUCAAAGACAACAUCGCCCUCGGUUCCUCGGCCAAUGGUCCCUGUGAGCGCGCUGAUUGCGGACCGGACAGUCGAGCCUAUGGCAACCCGUGACAAUGAUGUGGAAAUGCAAGAUUGA